GAGACAAAGUAGUUUCAACGCGACGAGGCCGGUUCUUGAUCGCUCGGUGUCGGCCUGCUCCCGGCGUACUGGAGGAGCCUGUGCCAAGGGCGGCUACGUGGCACUCUGGAUCCACGCAGAGAGGGACGCGGCCAACGUCGACCUGCUCCUGUCCCUCCUGCAGGACGCGCCUCUGCUCAUCCUGCAUCUGUUUAUCAUGACGAGGACCCUCCCCGAGCAGGCGCUGCAGGGGCACCUCAGCCAGACGAUAAUCUGGCAGAUGACCUCCGUGACAGCCUCCCUCCUGACGCUGGCCUGGUCGGUGGCUUCCUUCGUCCGCGCCGUCAGACUGUGCGAGCCGACGCUUGGGAAUCUCAGCAUCCUUGAUCUCGUCCUCCUGACCCUCUCCCACUUCUGCUCCAUCGCCGGACAGGUCAUGAGCUUCUCUCUUUUCGCGUCGAAGCUCCUGGUGGCGUUCGUGCUGGUGGUCGCCUUCCACUGGGUGCUCAUGUCCCUGUGGGUGCUCUCUCAGCUCCUGUGCUUCCCCCGGACCGCCUCCACCCGCGCCGUCUUCGCUCACGACCGCCAGCGAGGCCUCUGCCACCAGCUCGACGACGUCCUCUACGCGGGCGCCAUGGGGUUGGUGUUCCUCUUCACCUUCGUGGACGUGGGCGGCGUCGCUCCCAAGACGCAGAGCCUCAUGUAUCACGUCCUGAGGCUGCUGGAGGAGGCCGUCCUGCUCACCGUGUGGUUCAUCUGGGUGGAGGGGUCGGAGUGGUACCACUGGCUGCCCAUCUUCCUGGUGCCGGUCCUCUUCUGCCUUAACCUGGCCUUUGACACCCUCCUGACGGUGAACUCCACGCCCUCCCGCUGCGCCCCCCUCUCCGACUCGCCCGUCCCCGUCUGAGGCUUCAAAGUCCUCGAAAUAGCCCUUCGGGGCGCCUCGGAUCACCCCAAAGGAGAUUCCGGGAAUUUGAAGGAGGUCCUCGUCUGGAAAGGCGGCUUGGAAAUGCUGUCAAAAGGAAUUCCGAAACGCGGAGAGACCGUCUUUUUUUUUUUUUUUUUUUUUUUUUUUUAUGGACUGAUCUCUCCUUGAGUUGUUAAGAUGUGGAAGGGAUAUUGUGAGAGAAAUUCGCGGACGUGGCUUCAGAUCCCAUCCGUGUCCUUUCAGCGUGAUCUCUUUACGGACGAGGCUCUGCGAGUGAACCGUCUGUAAAGGGUUAAUGGAUCUCGGCCGUCUGCAACUUGCAAAGAGGAAGUCUCGUGCCUCCCCCUGCCGGUUUCAUCACUGACUCAGUCUUGAUUUUGCUGCAUUCCGUCUUGACAAUCAUUUCUUGACAAUCGCCUCUUAACUAUCCACGAAACUGCAACGUGUGGAUGGUUUUGACCAAACAUCAAAAUAAAGUUUAUAGACCUUUUUUAUUCUUCAAUGAAACAUUUUGGAUACAGAAUCGUAACUUUAGUUUGUUUCUGAGUAUGAAAAUAGUUUUUUAUUAUUAUUAUUUUUAUAGUAAAAGAGUAACAACGCUUUUGUACACGCUAAAUUUUAGUCACAACCCUCGAUCACUUUCUGGCAGCGUACAAUCCAUUAAACUAUGACGGAUUUCAUAUAAAAAAUGCACUGCGAUUAAUCAGUAGUUUGUAUUUUGAAUAAACAGUGAAUAUCUUCAAGAUAGGGCAGUGAUGAAGCCAAUACAACAAUGAAACGUUUCAGAACCCCUUCAGAUCAAACGUUUGGAGGACUCUUGUUAAUAAAACGUUUACAUUCUUUCGAUUUCUAACGGCAGAUUCAUGUAAGGCAUAUGGUUGUGCAAUUCCCACUUACUUUGAUGUCUGAGAACAUUGUAAAAUCGAAAACAUGCAAACUCACAGCUUCAGCAGAAGAAUAAAGUAUAUCUGAAACAACAAACAGAUCUACAUCCGUUUAUAAGAUUCAUUUGAGAGUAUUAUUCCAACUUGACCAAUAGCAGAAUUCCACGUCUUCAAGUUAACCAAUCACAGAAUAGAUGUACCCGUCUCCCUCAAACCCUCCACCGCCAUUGGUCCGCCGCCACAGUCUCUUCCUCACAAUGGCCAACCAGAGCCUUUGUUUUUCCCGCUCCGGCCAAUCACAGCAGAGAUGUAACCUCACACAAACCAUCGCUUUAGAAGACCCAAGAUUCGUAUCAUUAUCUCAGUGUUCAAUCUACCUGCAACAUCAUUAAAAGGAAAUGUAUGUUGUCGUGCAAAGUUUCGGUCAAUGAUCAAAAUGCAAUGUGGCUAAACUCCGUCCAAUUUUAUAGACUGGUUGAGUUAGUGCCUGACUAUGACGAACAUUGCGAACGAUGUACCAAGAUCAAUUAAAGGAUAUGACUG